UCCCCCUCCCCUCCUGCAGAGCCGAAUGAUCCAAGGCCAUGCUAGCCCUGCCAGGCUCAGCAAAGAGGCAGUGCCAGGCUCAGCGAAGAAGGCUCAGCGAAGAAGCCUCGCAGAAUCUGAAAGGAUCAGAAACGAAACAAUAUGAAGCGAAGAUACAAGGCGGUGGACGAAUCAGCGAUGGAGUCGGAGCAGUCCCCAUGACGAUGAGAGUAGAAAGGAGUGGCAUCACCCUUUCCACCUCAGACAGAUUGUGUCUUGGAGUGCACACUAGGCCCGCGCCACUGUCAGGUCGGCCCCAUGCGGAUGCGACUAAGAACCAGCAAGAGACGAAUCCCUCUGCCGACCUCUGCAGUGUGGUGCAAUAGCCGUGGUGCAGCAGCCAUCUAUAAAAACCGUGGAGACCCAGGAUACACAAUAAUCGCCGCGCCCCUGUGCACCAAAAGCCUCACGGGCUUGUCUCCAGAAAGAGGGUAGGCCUGGUUGAAACUCUGCCUCAGAAGCGCCUCGCCGUUCCGAAACCUGGAGUCGUCCCGCCGUGGACACUCCUCGCCAGCCCAUCCGCCCGCUUCGACCCCAACCACGCCGACGACGAAAAGGCGCCUCCCCUGUGGGAGCUGCGCGGAUGGCGCCCGACCUACUGUGCCUUCUGCGUGGCACGUCACAGUUGCCCAGGCAGCGCGCAGGCAUCCACGCAAGGCAACACGUACGAUGCACCACAUCGAUUGUGCCUCACAGACUGCACCAUGCCGACUGGUACACAUCGGUGACACCAUGCACAGACCGUGCCGCGAAUACUGCACAUCGAGAAUGCACGGGGCCACCGUGUGGGGUCACGAGAGAACGAGACCCCACCGUGAAACGAGAGAAGAGGCGACCACUGGCCGCGCGAGCGGGGGCUCCGCUCGCUCGACCGCCGCCACCCGAAUGGAAGGGGGCCAACGCCACCGCUUGCAUUCUUCGGGGGGGGGGGGGGAGGAGGAGGAGGAGGAGGAGGAGCAGGAGGAGGAGGAGGCCCUGUCGCCGGUGCCCCGGUGCAAUGCCGCCCCUGCCCGCCACCGCGCCAGCAGCGAGCAGGGGCGGCCACCGCCCGGCGCCCCCCCGCCCUCGCAGGCGCAGCGGGGCCUGUGCCGCGCCCUGCCGCCCUGGAGAGCACGGAUAGGGGAACAAAAACACGCGGCGAGCCCAGAGGGGCCACGGAGGGGCGGGCGGCGCGUCCUCGACGGCAUCCUCCCCCCGUGCUCCGCCCUCCGCCCGCAGCGCACUGGCGCGGCGGCCGCCUGCAGUGGCGCGCCCGCGGCCGCUGCCAAGCUGUGCGGUCGAAUGGCUGGUGCAACCCUGCUUCGGGAGCCCUACGAAGCUGCGACGCUUCGGUGACUAUGCCAUAUCGAGACAGGACUGCGCCUCCGGCCUUCGGGCGCGGCCGGCGGUCCUUGGGGACGGGGAGGCCAAGGGGGGCGGGGGGGGGCGGGGGGGGGGGGGGGCGGGAGGGGCAUGGCCUGCUGCGGAUGCGCGCUCCGAGGCGCUCCGAGUUCACUCUGGGCGGACUCCGACUGUCGCGCGCCCCGCGCUCAUGCUGGCUCGUGAGACGCUGGUGAUCUCAACGGCAUUCGGGCAAAGUGUGAGCACACGAAGGGGCAGGACCUCUGGACUGACUGGGGAGCGCGCCGAGCUUUUGCCCCGCGAGACGGAAGCAGCCAGGCGGCACCCAGAGAGUUUGUCCAACGCUCGUGCUGGCUGCGCCUCCGAUGUCCACAUGACACUCAGAAGCCAUACGCGAGAACUUGAAAGAGGCAAGCGUUGACGGCUGGGGAGUACACUCCCUUCAUAUGAAGUAGGCCGGUAAAGCCCGACUUGCUGCUCAGGACGCAGGGCGAACUGAAACAACCAAUUGAAAAAUACAUAACCUGCGUGCACAACGGCUGAACGACCACAAAGGAUGAUAAUAUUUCCAAGCCCGAAAUAUGUUGCAUGGCGAUCUGGGAGUGCCACCUCGAGCGGACGCGCUCAGGGGCGGCAUCAGGACAGCGCCGGUGCAGACCGAAUCCGGCGAAGCGGGGUGCGAGCCCCGUCGUCGUCGACACUCGUGAGGAAAGUGUUCCUGAUCUCCAGGGUGUGCGCGCGCGGCGGGUCGGUGUCCUCCUCGGCGUCGUCGCCCGACGUCAGCUCCACCGUCUUGGACCCCUGGCUGCCGGACGCCGAGGAGUGCGCGAGGCCCGCGCUGGUCUGGCGGCUCCACGGGCUCCGCCCGCACGUCGGAGGCUCGAGGUCAUCGCCCUGGCCGGCCCGGGAGCCCCCGCGCCCGCUGCGCAGCGCGUCCGCCAGGCGCAGCGGCAGCGCCCUGCGCACGGCCGCCUCCUCCUGUCGGGGAGACCAGCGGCUCCUGCUCGCCCUGCGCCGCCUGCCUGGCGCUCCGCCGGGCCCGCCGGCCGCCCCUC